AUGAGUGAGCUGGUAGGAGCCGCCUUCGGUUCGGUAGCCACGGCGGCUUCGAACGUCGGAUGGUUUGCGCCUAUGCUAGUGGCGGCCAUUGCCUACUUCCAGUAUGAAGACUUCGUAGACCCAGAGGCAAGAGUGAUAGAUAUUCCAACAGAUUCAAUGAUGGAUAAAUACGAUUUUAUUAUAAUAGGUGCCGGUUCGGCUGGAGCGGUAUUAGCCAAUCGACUUACAGAAGUCGAAAAUUGGAACGUUUUAGUACUAGAAGCUGGUGGAGAUGAGACUGAAAUUUCAGAAGUACCAUUAAUGGCUGGAUAUUUGCAACUAAGUAAAUUAGACUGGAAAUAUAAAACUGAACCUUCCGGAAAAUACUGCUUAGCUAUGCUUGGAGGACGUUGUAAUUGGCCCCGAGGAAAAGUAUUGGGUGGUUCGAGUGUCCUGAAUUACAUGCUUUAUCUAAGAGGAAACAAAAAGGAUUAUGACAAUUGGGAAUCCUUGGGCAAUGCCGGUUGGGGCUACAAGGAUGCUUUGUAUUAUUUUAAAAAAUCAGAAGAUAAUACUAAUCCAUACCUGGCCAAUACUCCAUACCAUUCAACGGGCGGUUAUUUGACAGUAGGAGAAGCACCUUACCACACCCCGUUAGCAGCUGCUUUUGUUGAAGCAGGUGUCGAAAUGGGAUACGACAAUAGAGAUUUGAAUGGUGCCAAAACAACAGGCUUUAUGAUAGCACAAGGAACGAUCAGAAGAGGCGGCCGAUGUAGCACUGGUAAAGCAUUUUUAAGACCGGCGCGUCUUCGACCUAAUUUGCAUGUCGCCAUGUACUCGCAUGUAACACGUAUCAUGAUUGACCCUAUAACUAAAGUCGCGUUUGGAGUAGAAUUCAUCAGAGACAGGAAAAUUCACCAUGUUCGAGCUACGAAGGAAGUGAUAUUAUCCGGUGGUUCAAUCAACUCACCACAAAUUCUUAUGCUCUCAGGAAUAGGUCCGAAAAGUGAACUCGCAAAACAUAGAAUUCCACUGAUCAACGAUCUAGCUGUUGGUGAAAACCUUCAAGAUCACGUAGCGCUUGGAGGUCUUACUUUUAUGGUCAACCAGCCAGUGUCAAUUGUGGAAAACCGAUUCCAUUCCAUGUCAACUGUGCUACAGUACGCAGUCUUAGGGCAAGGACCCCUCACAAUUCUGGGAGGUGUUGAAGGAUUGGCAUUUGUCAACACGAAAUAUGUCAACGCUUCGGACGAUUACCCAGAUAUUGAAUUCCACUUUGUAUCCGGAUCAACUAAUUCUGAUGGUGGAAAUCAAUUGCGAAAGGCACACGGACUGACUGAUGCAUUUUAUAACGCCGUUUAUGCACCAAUUAACAACAUGGAUUCUUGGAGCAUCAUACCCAUGCUACUGCGUCCCAAAAGCACAGGUCAAAUCAAGCUUCGCAGUGGGAAUCCACUUGAUUAUCCGUACAUUUAUCCCAACUAUUUUGAUGAAGAACUCGAUAUCAAAACUCUUAUAGAAGGAGCGAAGAUAGCUUAUGCCGUCUCCAGGACACACACGAUGCAAAAAUAUCAAUCCACACUAAGUGCCUACAAAUUUCCCGGAUGUUCGCACAUAAAGAUGUUUACGGAUCUUUAUUGGGAGUGCAUGAUACGCCACUACACGAGCACCAUUUACCAUCCGGUGGGUACCUGUAAGAUGGGUCCAUACUGGGAUAAAACAGCAGUCGUUGACCCGCAGCUGCGUGUGUACGGCAUACGAGGGCUCCGAGUAAUCGACGCAAGUAUUAUGCCAAAAUUAGUUAGUGCCAACACCAACGCGCCGGUGAUUAUGAUAGCCGAAAAAGGAGCAGACCUUAUAAAGGAUUUCUGGAUUAAGAGAAGCGUUGCUUAA